AUGUUCAUGUAUAUUCAAGACACUCUCUUAUCCACAGGUUGCUCUGCUGUGAUCCUUCGUCUUCUAAAGAUGCAUCCUGACUUGUCUCCACACCUGCACACUGAAGAAUGCAACACCUUGAUUAACUUGCUAAAGGAAUGCCACAGAAAUCACAGCGUUCUGAAAUUUUUUGGUCAUUGCAAUGAUCUUGAUCGGGAGAUGAGAAAAUGCCUGAAAAAUGAGGUAAGAAAAGCAUCAAAAAGUAGAAGUACACCUUGUACAUCCUCUUCUCACUUAUCAACUUGGUUGGGUUCCAAAGACAGGUCAUUAUUAGAAAAUCAGCAUUCAAAAGCGGAAGGUUAA